CCCGGGGACUGCAGAGUGCAGCUUGGAGGAACGCUCAGAUCUGACAUUUCAUAAUCUUUUCACUUUUUUUCUUGCACUUUGACAGGUAAAUGUUCAUAUUUAUAUUAUACCCCUAAUAUUUACCUAAUUAAUGCCCUAAUAUCUACUUAAUAUUUAGCUUCUUACUACACAUCUCUAGUCUCUCUCUUUCAGCUUUUCUCGUGCGACAUAGGCUAGGGUAUACGCAAGCCUCUCUGCCAUUCCUCUACUCUUGAAAUCCCAGGAAAGGCUAUAUAUAGGCUACAAACGCUAUAUGACAUUUAUUUUGAACAUGUUUUAUACUAGGCAUAAUAGCCUAUUCGAGGAGAGAAGGAUGCUUGCUCUUGUUAAUAGUGGAAUGUAAAAUAUGCCUACAGCAUAGGACAAAUUAAUAGUUGGGGAAAGUUGAGGAGAGAGAGUGCAUUGACAUAAUUUUGACCGGUGAUCAUCACAUUGUUGCAUGUAUUGCGAAUGGUUGCACCGGACAGACACAAAUAAGAUUCAAAAUAAUUGACAAACAUUAGAAAAAUGGAAAUCACUUGAAAGCCACUUGACAACAAGGCAAGCAAUGACAUGCUGUACAUACAGGCUAAACGGUGUUUGUUGUUGAUACAUUUAAAUAUGAGUUUCAAUAUUAUUUUUCAUUACAUGUACAUUGAAGUGUUAUUUGCAGUUGUCACUAUGACAAUGAACACACCCUGAAAGACCAGAUAUCUGUGUUACCACCAUAUUAAUAGGCCUAGAGGAUGCAUUGGAUCAGUUGAUAGACAGGUGUACAAAAUAACCUUACACUUUCCUCUAGAGUGGAUGUUUGCCAACAAGUUGUUGUCAUGUAUAUUUGUGUCGUUAUAGUAAUCGUUCUUGGUGUGGAUAGCCUACCAUGUAAGCACGGAAAUACAUUGAGCCACUGAUCAUUAUAACUUUACUAUUUUCGCCACCAGGUGUCGCAGUGUACCUCUCUAGUUUAAUGACGUGGUGAUAAAUUGCGGGGCGCUGCGCAUUCGCGGGAACCACUUUAAUCAUUAGCAUGUGACCAAUGGGAUUGGAUAUGCAAAUAUGAGGCGCUCGAACUCCUGUUUCCGCGUUAAAUUCGUGGAUUGGGAAAGGUGAGAGUAGAGUCAGAUGCUCAAAGACGAGACGAGACGUGCAGACACACACGGACACUAAAUUUCACUGGGACGUUACUGGAGGGACCAUCAGUGAAUAUUCUGAUUUCCACGUGGAUAAUUUUCCUAUGUGCAAUAUGACUUUUGAGGAAACCAGUGGAGAAAACUCUAUAGAAAGGAUGGAUUCGGUGUCUAAAGCAUUGGAGGAGGUUAUCACCUCCGCGUUACCCCAAGGUUGCGUCACUGUAGGAGUCUACGAGGCAGCAAAGUCACUCAAUUUGGACCCGGAUAAUGUGGUACUGUGCCUCCUGGCCACAGAUGAGGAGCAGGUCGUGGACGUGGCUUUACAGAUCCACUUCACCCUGAUUCAGGCUUUCUGCUGCGAGAACGACAUCAACAUCCUGCGGGUCAGCAACAUGAGGCGCCUCGCUGAGAUACUUGGAGGAGUGAAGCCUGGAGAAGAGCCCAUGGACCUGCACUGUGUACUAGUUACUAAGUCAAGCACGUGCAAGGACCCAGCUCUGAGCAAAGUGAAUCGCUUCUGUAGAGACAGUCGAAUACUGGACCAGUGGGUCCCCAUCAUCAACUUACCUGACCGAUGAGCAAGCAGCAUGGACUCCACGUGACUACUUUAUAUUGAAGCACAGCACACUGCACUAGAUCUGUGUAAUAAUGCCUUGGUUGGAACUCAUGAACAAACCUCAUUCAACAGAGGGAAGGAGAAUAAGAGAACCUGCUGGAUCAGUGUGGAUUUUAUGCUGAGGAUUUCAGCUGAGGUAAAGGGAUUUAGCAUUCUGGAUUCCAGGACUGCCAAGGUAACAAUGUUAUGACUAAUGCGAAGGUAGCGAUUGGUCGUUGGCAUGACUUGAUCCUCAUGCCCAGGCGCUGCCAUUACAGGAAGCUGACUCAUGUAAGCACACAGCAGAGCAGACAUACACACGUAGUGCUGAGCAGAGCAGAGUGCACAAGGCAGCAAGGGAUUGGAAUCUCCUGGAUGCUCGAAGGACUGACUCCAAGGACCAUACUCAAGGACAGAACUAAACCAAACUAGAGUUUUCUGAACUGGACCGGAGUAGUCUGGACUAGUCUGGGACUACAGGAUGGAUCAAAUUUCCAUGUGGGUAUACUCUGCAUGUUAAAGGUUUAUGCAAUUUUAUCAGUAACUUACUGUAUUAUUCAAGUUGUUGUGGAUGGGAAAAGAGUCUCUGGCUCAUUAACAUAUUAUGGUCAGCCUUGUAAGAGGCUAUAUUUGUUGCACCCGUGGUGAGAAUGCUGAGCCCCCAAAGAAUACAGUAAUAUACUGUAUUUUAGGGAUUCUACAAACCUUGUCCUGAAACUCUACAGUAGCCAAUUGCUGCCAGUCAUAUACUGUAAUUCAGAAUACAGUACCAAUACCGCAUUUUUGGAGCGCCAAAAAAUGUUGGAACACUCAUUAACAUAUGUUGAUGCGUGUCUUGUAAGAGGCUAUAUUUGUUGCAUCCGUUAGUGAGAGUACCAAUUUACGUGAUACAGUAUGUGGUAGUGGUUCCCUAACAAUGCAAUGUAUAUAGGGGACAGAUCAGAGUGUCAGCAAGUCUCAAACCUUUAAUAGUUGAGUGGUGAUCUAUUUUGAUCUGUUUUGCCCUUUAGUCACUGUCAGUUUAGAAGCCUUUGUUAAAGCAUAACGUGCAAGUAAUAUAAAACAGCUAGUAUUCAUUAAUAUGCUGUAAUAUGAAAAUGCCAACAGCCAACCUGCUUUUCUAAUCCCUUGUAAUUACAGUAAAAUACUGUAUUUUCUUACAGUUUAGUGACUGUUACUGUGUUUCAUUGCUCUGACAUCAAGUUACCAUGAAUAUCUCUAUUGUAUUGGCACUAUCCAGAGAUUGUCAGCGAUAUAUCAUAAGAUAUCUUGUUGUAAUUAUAAUAAUUUUGAGGACCAAUGUAUCUUUAACUACAACAUUUUCAGUAAUGGUUUUUUUAAAAAAAAUGUUUUACUUGCUAUGACUGUGAUAUGUAUUUUUCUUUUCUUAUCUACCUUGGUUGAAUGCACUGACUAAGUUGCUAAGGACAAGAGUACCUGCUAAAUUACCAAAAUGCUAAAAUUAAAAUAAAACAUUUGCAAAGAACACUGGGUAAUGUGUCGCUGCAUGGGGAAUUCCAGUAAUAUACUCUAAAUUAGAAUACAGUAACAUUUUUGGUACUGCAAAAUCUAUUACCAUAAUGUAUUACAGUAGUUGUACUGUAAAAUAAAUUAUAGUAAAUUAUUGGCCAAUUUCUGCCAGUAAGUUAGUGUACAUUGUACAGGAAACGUUCUAGUGUGGAAAAAAUACAUCACAACUGUAAUUUAUAUGAUCUUGAUUAUUUCUGAAAUUGUUAUUUUGAGAAUUAUUUAAAUUAAGAGGGAAGGUCUUGUUUAGGUCAUUAUCAGCACAAACCAAUGUAUUGACUUAAACAUUAACUUUGUUGUUUUGUUUAAUUCAAUGUUUAUGUUAAUUUAAUGAAUUGAUGUCGCAAUGUUCAUCAACAGCUACCUUUGCAGAGAAAUAAACAAAACUGAACUAAA